UUGACGAAGCAAUGAAGCAGCCGGCGCGCCAUACGAACGACGACGGGUCGCGCACUACGAGUAGGGCGCUGGUCGGCUCCGAAACCUCGAAGAGAAGGAAGAAGAAGAAGAACGUGGAAGAAAGUAGAAGUGAGCUCGCCAACAACUGAGGCCGAGGCACCUUGACUUAGCCAGUGGCAAACAGAAAGACCCUUACAGGUGAAGAGGGCUCGAAUUGAAGGAUACGCGAGAAAACUUGAGUCUCACAAAGUACGAAAGGAACCAGAUCCAUUGUUGAAGACAAGCAGAGAAGACAAAGCAAAGAAGAUGUCGUCUUCCGCGGUUGCCAAGAGCUCCAAGUACACGUAUCGUUCUACGGGUGGUGGUACUGCCGAUGUUAGCAUCGAAUAUAGCGCCGACCUGAGCGCUCUCAGCAGACUCGAGGACAAAAUCCGCCUACUGCAGGAUGACCUGGAGUCUGAGAGGGAGCUGCGUCAGAGGAUCGAACGCGAGCGCGCUGACUUAAGCGUGCAAGUCAUCCAGCUGUCCGAACGUCUCGAAGAGGCUGAGGGUGGCGCCGAAUCUCAAUUCGAGAUCAACAAGAAAAGGGACACGGAAUUGGCCAAGCUGCGCAAAUUACUCGAAGAUGUCCAUCUCGAGAGCGAGGAGACCGCACAUCUGUUGCGCAAAAAACAUCAGGAAGUCGUCGUUGAUUUUCAAGAUCAGAUUGACCAGCUUUCGAAAGCACGUGCCAGGGCUGACAAGGAAAAAUCUAAAUUCCAGCAGGAGGUGUAUGAACUCCUCGCUCAGCUUGACAGUGUUAGUAAAGAAAAAUUGCUGUCGAUUAAAACAGUCGAAAAACUCGAAGUGCACGUAUCUGAAUUGAACGUCAAGAUUGAGGAAUUAAACCGUACGAUUGUCGACAUCACUAGUCACAAAACUCGGCUAUCUCAAGAGAAUAUCGAAUUGGUAAAAGAGGUGCAAGAUCUCAAGGUGAAUAUCGAAAAUGUUACCUACUUGAAAACGCAAAUUGUGGGUCAACUCGAGGAUGCUCGCCGUCGCCUUGAAGAUGAAGAACGCCGUCGUGCAUUGGUCGAGGCUUCGCUGCAUCAGGUUGAGGUGGAAUUGGAGUCUGUCCGCGUCCAGCUGGAAGAAGAAUCUGAGGCGCGUUUGGACAUCGAACGUCAAUUAGUCAGGGCCAGUGGAGAAGUCUCAGUAUGGAGAUCAAAAUACGAGACCGAAGCUAAUGCUCGUGCUGAGGAGGUAGAGGAACUUCGUCGCAAAUAUUCCGCACGCAUUCAAGAACAGGAAGAACAAAUCGAGACCUUGCUUGUGAAGAUUAAUAAUCUCGAGAAACAGAAAUCGCGCUUGCAAUCCGAAGUGGAAGUUCUGAUCAUCGAUUUAGAGAAGGCCAAUGGAACUGCUCGCGAACUUCAAAAGCGUGUCGAACAUCUCGAGAAAGUCAAUAUAGAAUUAAAGGCUCGUUUGGAUGAAUCUCUCGCCAUGUACGAGCAAAGCCAGCGCGAUCUCCGCAACAAACAACAAGAGCUGCAACGUGUGAACGCCGAACUUGAUAAGACCCGCGAAAUGAAAGAUCAAUUGGCCCGUGAAAACAAGAAACUUGGAGAUGAUCUUAGCGACGCUAAAAAUCAGUUGGCUGACAUGAAUCGUAGACUCCACGAACUAGAAUUAGAACUUCGCCGAUUAGAGAAUGAACGCGAAGAAUUGGCUGCCGCUUACAAGGAAGCUGAAGCAGGCCGCAAAAUUGAGGAGCAACGUGCUCAGAGAUUGUCAGCCGAAUUGAGUCAACUGCGUCACGAGUACGAAAGACGUAUUGCUGAAAAGGACGAAGAAAUCGAAAUUAUUCGCAAGCAGACCAGCAUUGAAAUCGAGCAGCUGAACGCCCGCGUGGUCGAAGCCGAGACGAAAUUGAAGACCGAGGUCCAACGCGUAAAGAAGAAGCUCCAAAUCCAUAUCACCGAGCUGGAAUUGUCCCUGGAUGUCGCCAACAAGAAUAACAUUGAUCUGCAAAAGACCAUUAAGAAGCAAUCUCUCACUCUGACUGAAUUACAAGCUCAUUACGAUGAAGUACAGCGCCAAUUGCAAGUGACCCUGGACCAACUGGGCAUCAGUCAACGCCGCCUCCAAUCAUUGACGGCCGAGCUCGAGGACGUUCGCGGUAAUUACGAAUCUGCUUUGCGUGCAAAGAGGACUGUCGAGCAACAAUACGAAGAAUCGGUCAGCCGCAUCAACGAGUUGACCACGAUCAAUGUAAAUAUCGCUUCAUUGAAGGCUAAACUCGAGCAAGAACUGACCACUUUGGCCGGAGAUUAUGAAGAAGUGACCAAGGAGUUGAGAGUCAGCGAUGAGAGAUACCAGAGAGUGCAGAACGAGUUCAAGCAUACUGUCGAGAUUCUUCAUGAGGAACAAGAACGUAUUGUCAAGAUCGAGGCUAUCAAGAAAUCGUUGGAGAUCGAAGUGAAGAAUUUGUCCGUGAGAUUGGAAGAGGUUGAGGCCAACGCUAUUGUUGGAGGCAAGCGCAUCAUCAGCAAGCUUGAAGCUAGGAUUCGUGAUCUGGAACUCGAGUUGGACGAGGAAAAGCGCCGACACUCCGAGACUGUGAAAAUCUUACGUAAGAAGGAGCGCAACAUCAAGGAAGUAAUGAUCCAAGUUGAGGAGGACUCAAAGAAUAUUGCCUUACUACAAGAAGCGCUCGAUAAGUCCAGUCAGAAGGUCAGCAUCUACAAGAGGCAGCUGCAGGAGCAGGAGGGCAUGUCCCAGCAGAGCGUCAGCAGGGUUCGCCGAUUCCAAAGAGAACUUGAAGCAGCAGAAGAUCGUGCCGACACCGCAGAGAGCAACUUGACCCUGAUCCGCGCCAAACAUCGCAGUUUUGUUACCACCUCAACUGUACCCGGUUCCCAAGUAUACCUUGUCCAGGAAACGAGGCAGGAGAUGUCCUAAACCAUUACCGUCAUCGCCAACAUCUUUGCCACUUUGAACGUCGCGUCUUUAUAAAUGCACCGUGAACACGCUAUAACGAAAAAAAAGACGCGACAUCAAUCAUCAUAAGAGCUGAAAGUUUUCACGGUGUGUUAUUUUCGAGGGAUAAAAAUUGGAGCAACCAGAAUAUACGCAUAAAUAUAUAUAUAAAUGAUGCAAGUGCAGUUAUCAGCAUAUAACGACCCGUCAUAAUAAAAAAAAAAAAAAUCGAAAAUUGCUUCGUCAACGAAACACGCGAUAAGUCGCAACGAAAAUGUUAAAGUAAAGGGAAAUUAACGCUCACUAUUAAGGGAUUUGCGCAAAGCAUGAGAAACUCGAACUCGAGAAACAAUAUAUCGUUCAAUUAUGCUAUGAAAAUAAAUAACAAAGUUAACGAUCUUCUCGUCCCAAUUAUGUAAGUAUAAUCGAGCGUAAGGGCAGAGAAAACGGAUAAGGAACAUGAGAGGAGAGCAAUGGCAAUUUAUGUCAUUUCUAUUCGCGCGUGUCGCAAUUGUAUUUAAAUGGGAUAACUUUAAAUCUCUCUAUUCUAUUAUUACAUAUAGAUAGGUAACUAUUACCCAUAUACACAACUCUCACUGUACAACAUACCAAUAACCUGUGUCAACAUUAAUUUAAUAAAUAAAGUGAAACGCGUACGUACGAA